CAGCAGUGUGUCGGUAAGCUCCGUGGACAUAUUCACUGAAACACAACUAGCACUGGAACAACAUUUAAAAGCAACUUCGAUUUACUCUAAAGCUUCAAGUUACUCGUAGGAAUCAAUACGGAAAAGCAGUGUUCCCGAGUGGAGCCUUUUAUCCAGUUUUUCCUCUUUUUCCUGGAGAUGUGUCGCUUGGAGAACUAGUAGCGGACAGCGCUGCACACUGAAGCCGGGAUGAGUGGGAGCUCCGUGGUGUCCGGCGCGGCGCCCUGUCGCUUCGCCCACUACUUUGUUAUCUGUGGGAUAGACACAGAAACUGGACUGGAACCGGACGAAUUAGCAGCUUUGUACCAAUGGCUUGAAGCAGACCGCCAAGGCAGGGAUCCAGAAACUGCAGCCACAGGUGAAAACUUUGAGCAGAGCCCCCUGAAGAGGACGUUCAAGUCCAAAGUUCUGGCACGCUACCCUGAGAAUGUGGAGUGGAACCCCUUCGAUCAGGAUGCUGUUAACAUGCUGUGUAUGCCUAAAGGCCUGUCGUUCAGGACGCAGGCAGACCAGCGGGAUCCACAGUUCCACUCCUUCAUCAUCACUAAGGAGGACGGCUCUCGGACCUACGGCUUCGUCCACACCUUCUUUGAGGAGGUGACCAGCCCACAGAUCUGCUCUGCCAUGCAGACCCUCUACCAGAUGCACAAUGCAGAGAAUGCCACUGCCAACACCCCUCCCUCCUCUUCCUCCUCCUCUUCCUCCAGCAUGGACUCCUUGGCCAGCAGUUUAGACGAGGCCGACUCCCCUACAUCCUCAUCUUCCUCGUCUUCGACUCGCAGGACGGGUGGCUAUGACUCAUCACGGGACACCCUCUACGUGUCCAAGGCCUUGUGUCUGAUCACGCCCAUGCCCUUCAUGCAUGCCUGCCGCAGCUUCUUGUCACAGCUGCACAGGGCUGUUACUGCAGCCAUGGCCCCUCCGCUGCCACUGGAGAGCUAUGUUCACAACAUCCUGUACGAGGUGCCGCUUCCCGCUCCAGGACGCUCGCUCAAGUUCCAUGGUGUAUAUGAGCCUAUCGUGUGCCAGAGGCCCGGGCUAGGGGAGCUGCAGCUGGCUGACUUCCCCCUCGCCGAAGCCUUCAGUCUGCUGGGAGUGGAGAACCUGGUCCAAGUGUUCACCUGCACCCUGCUGGAGAUGCAGAUCCUGCUGUACUCACAGGACUACCAGCGGUUGAUGACAGUGGCUGAGGGCAUCACCACCCUGCUGUUUCCCUUCCAGUGGCAGCAUGUCUAUGUUCCCAUCCUGCCAGCCUCUCUCCUCCACUUCCUGGACGCUCCUGUUCCCUACCUGAUGGGCCUGCAGUCCAAAGAGGGCACAGACCGCUCCAAACUGGAGCUUCCUCAGGAGGCCAAUCUGUGCUUUGUGGACAUUGACAACCACUACAUCGAGCUUCCAGAGGAUUUCCCCCAGUUUCCCAAUAAGAGCGAGUUCAUCCAGGAGCUCAGCGAGGUGCUGCUUAGCUUUGGCAUUUCUGCCAACACAGGGGCCCCACCACGGACCCGCACAACUCCUGGCAGUGCUCCCAGCAGCGCUCCCGGCAGCACCCCCUCCACCCCUGGCAGGGAGCGUAAGACUGUUGCUCUCCGGCAGCUGGAGGAUGACGGGCGUAACGGCAACCUUGCAGGGGAGGAGCUGGCUGUGCUGGAGCUGCUGCAGGGAAAUGCUACACUGGAAAGACUACAGGCCCUGACCAAGCGCACUGGGGUGACAGUGGCCCGCGUGGAUGCCCUGAGGGCUGGAGUCAAAGCUCAGGGAACUGAGGGGCAAGGGAGCCGGACUGCAGCCGAAGAGGAGGAGCUAAGGAACGCCAAGCUGAAUGUCCAGCUAAGGGAGGUGUUUGCCAGCCGCUUCACUACCAUGUUUGCAGACUACGAAGCCUUUGUCAUCCAGAGCGCCCCAGAUCUGGAGUCCUGGCUCACCAACAGGGAGCAGAUGCACAACUUUGACAAGGCCUCAUUCCUGUCAGACCAGCCGGAGCCCUACCUGCCCUUCCUCUCCCACUUCAUCGAGACACAGAUGUUUGCCACAUUCAUCGACAACAAGAUCAUGUCCCAGUGGGAGGAGAAAGAGCCACUGCUCCGCGUCUUUGAUGCUCGCAUCGACAAGGCCCGCCUCUACAAUGUCCGUGCUCCCAGCCUCCGAUCCUCCAGCUACCAGAGGUGCUCCAUCCUCAAGGAGUCUGCUCAGGCCAUUGAGCAGCGGCUGAUGAAGAUCGACCACACCGCCAUCCACCCGCACUUGCUGGACAUGAAGAUCGGUCAGGGCAAAUAUGAGCAGGGAUUUUUCCCCAAACUGCAGGCCGAUGUGCUCAACACGGGGCCGACCAAUAACAAGUGGUCUCACAGGAUGGUGACAGCUCAGCGAAGGAAAGACCGUCACAGACAACAGACGGAGCAUCUGGGCCUCGACAACGAUCUGAAAGAGAAAUACAUGCAGGAGGCCCGCAGCCUGGGGAAGAACCUGCGACAGCCUAAACUGUCUGAUCUGUCUCCUGCCGUUAUCGCCCAGACCAACUGGAAGUUUGUGGAGGGGCUGCUCAAGGAGUGUCGCAUGAAGACCAAACGUAUGCUGGUGGAGAAGAUGGGCCGGGAGGCAGUGGAGCUGGGCCACGGUGAGGCCAACAUCACCGGACUGGAGGAGAACACUCUGAUCGCCAGCCUAUGUGACCUGCUGGAGAGGAUCUGGAGCCACGGGCUGCAGGUCAAACAGGGAAAGUCGGCCCUGUGGUCCCACCUGCUGCACUACCAGGCCCGAGAGGAGAAGCUGGAGCAGCAGCAGGCUGAGUCACCUGUGUCACAUGUCCCUGAGAGGAGGAAGUCUGACUCUUCCAUAGCGAUGCCGUCUCUACGUGUGUCUCUCAUACAGGAUAUGAGGCAUAUCCAGAGCAUGUCAGAGAUAAAGACAGAUGUGGGACGAGCAAGAGCCUGGAUCCGUCUGUCCCUGGAGAAGAAGCUGCUCUCCCAACACCUCAAACAGCUGCUGUCCCGACAAGCCUUAACCAAGAAGCUGUACAAACGUUACGCCUUCCUGCGCUGUGAGGAGGAGAAGGAGCAGUUCCUCUUCCACCUGCUUUCCCUCAACGCUGUCGACUACUUCUGUUUCACCAGCGUCUUCACCACCAUCAUGAUCCCGUAUCGAGUCGUCAUCAUCCCCAUCAAGAAACUGAGCAACGCCAUGACCACCUCAAACCCCUGGGUGUGUGUGUCAGGAGAGCUGGGAGACUCGGGCAUCAUGCAGAUCCCAAAGAAUGUCCUGGAGAUGACCUUUGAUUGUCAGAACUUGGGGAAGCUGACCACUGCGCAGCUGGGUCACGAUAACGCUGGCCUUCUGGCUAAAUGGCUGGUGGACUGUGUCAUGGUGCGCAAUGAGAUCACAGGACAUACCUACAGGUUUCCAUGUGGUCGGUGGCUUGGUAAGGGCGUGGAUGAUGGCAGCUUGGAGAGGGUUCUGAUCGGUGAGCUGGUGGUACCUAGCGGAGAAGACGAUUCUGGGAGAGGCUGCCGUACACCCCCCCUGCAGCGCUCGCCAUCCCAGACCAGACGCAUCAGCAUCACAUCACUGUCUGGACGAGGAUACAAACCAACAUCAGCACAAAUCCAAGAGGCCAUCGGGGAGGCUGUGAACAACAUUGUCAAACACUUCCACAAGCCAGAGAAAGAGAGAGGCAGCCUGACCGUCCUGCUGUGUGGAGAGAACAGCUUGGUGACAGCUCUGGAACAGUUCUUCCAUCACGGCUUCAAGUCUGCCCGACUCUUCCAGAAGACGAUGUUUGUGUGGGACUUUGUUGAGAAGGCUGUUGCCUACAUGGAGUCAGCUGACCAGAUGGGAGACCUUCAGGAGACCGCCGAGCCCCUGGGGAUGACCUGUCAAUCACUCUGUCACUACGUCAACGCUAUCAACUCCACCCCCAGGAACAUUGGCAAGGAUGGGAAGUUCCAGCUGCUGGUCUGCCUCGGAGCCAGAGACCGGCUGCUGCCCCAGUGGCUCCCCCUGCUGGUGGAGUGCCCGGUGAUCCUGAGGAUGUAUGAGGACACAGCUUUGCUCAGAGACCGCACCACUGUCAACGCCCUCAUUGGAGUCCUGGAGACGCUCCAUGACUUCCCCAUCACACUGGAAGCCUCGCUGGUCAAAGGCGUCGACCUUUAGCCCCAAGAGACACCACUGGGCUGCAACUCAGCUCUACAUUUUCCUCUAAAACUUCUCCUCACUACCAACAACUUCACCCACCCUUCCACUUUUAGCCUCUGGGAUUAGACACAUGAGAAGGGAAGGAGAAAGUGAGGGACAAGAAAUGAAAACUGAAGAGACAUUUGGUUACCAAAGCAAAAAGUUCCACUGCUUCCUGUGAGAGUUCAGGGCUUUGGAUCAGCCAUAAGCUUGGAUGCAGUAUUAUUACCCCGCCUGUGGCUCUGAAAGACCCUUUCUAAUUCAGUUACAAGCAGUGCUUAAUUAUGUUUUAUUUCAUAAACUACACAUCCCAAUUACCUUACAUUACUGUGUAGAAUUUUCCAGAACAAACUGUGUGUUUAAGGUUGAUUUGCUACCUUCCAGGCAGCCAUUCGUGACACUUCUUUCAUUACACCAAAAAUCUUGAAGCAAUGUAAAGCUCACUGUAAUCCAUCAGAGUAUUUCAUAUUUUUCCUACUGUCAAGCCCGAUAGUCCUGCUGAAGCACUGUCGCCUCACAGCAAGAGGGUUCCUGGUUCGAUCCCAGGUGUGGGAGCCCCUCUGUGCGGAGUUUGCAUGUUCUCUCCGUGUCAGAGUGGGUUCUCUCCGGGCACUCUGGCUUCCUCCCACAGUCCAAAGACAUGCAGAUUGGGGACUAGGUUAAUUGAUAACUCUAAAUUGUCCAUAGGUGUGAAUGUGAGUGUGAAUGGUUGUAUGUCUCUAUGUGUCAGCCCUGCGAUAGUCUGGCGACCUGUCCAGGGUGUACCCUGCCUCUCGCCCGAUGUCAGCUGGGAUAGGCUCCAGCCAGCCAGCCCCCCCCCCGCGACCCUCAAGAGGAUGAAGCGGUUAGAAGAUGGAUGGAUGUUGUUUAAAAUGCACCAACAUGUAAUGCUGAUGUAGUGUUGAUGAUUGUUCACAGUGUACUAAAAAUAACUGACACAGUGGCUGCUUGGAGGGAAGAAAAUCAAACAAACAUAAGUACGCUUUGGAAAAUUGCUGACAGUAUUGUAGAUUUUAAAAUGGGUGGGGCGGGGGAGGGGGGGGGGGGGUGAAACCACUGAUGUUUCUUUAAAUGUAAGUAGCAGCAGAAGACGUGGUAGCUGUGUAGCCUAGUCUGCCUUCAGAAGGUACAAAAACUGUGUGAUAGAUUUAUUUUCCUGCCUGCAACUGGCGAUUAUAGCGCCACCAUCCCUACACCCAUGUUAGCGUUAGCAUUAGCAAGCAUGCCUAUGGGACAUGGAAAGAAGAGACUAUCUCAGGAAGAGACUGAGCGAUCAGUGACACACUAGAACGAGGAUUCUGUUCUGUAACCUACUGAGUGACUGAGUGUUACAGAGUCACCAGCUCUCCAUGCUUCUCUUUCUUUUGAUUCACUGGACUUGUGUUGGGCAUUUUCUCUUCGUUCAGCCUAUGGAUGAACACAAAAACUGAUGUCAGUGAUGUGGCUCAGAGUCUGGAGCUGAACCUGUGGCUGCAUGGCCUGAACUACAGGCACCAACCUGGCUGUUUAAAAUGCUGUUUCCAGUGUGUGUGUGUGUGUGUGUGUGUGUGUAUGUGUGUGUGGUUCAGUGUGUCAUAUUUCAAGGAUGGUCAUGCUCUGGUGCAUGUUUUUGCCCUGCAUUUAUUUUUAUAUCUUUCGACUUAAUGUUUUCAAAGUGAUCAACUGGUUUCUGUAGUGUACUGUAACUGUGUGUGUGUGUGUGUGUGUGUGUGUGUGUGUGUGUGUGUGUUUGUCCUGGUAAGAGUGCAGGUAUAUCCUGGUAAGAAUGCGUGUGUGCCUCAAACAUUAAUUUAUAUUUUCCUAACAGUUAUCAAUGCCAAUAUUGUCACUUUAGUAACAGAUUAAAUGUUCAACAAAAUAAUCUGAAGUCAAGGUUCACUUACUAGCUUCCUCUGGUGGUAAAAACUAUAAAGUAUUUUAUGAAGUAUUUUUCCCAAGGUCAAGAGAGAACUUUUACGCAAGUAAGCAAAAUGUUCCUGUUUCUAAAUGAAUGUAGUACUCACUGAGAUAGAAAUGCUAACAGUAGAGAGUUUGUAGAGAAUCAACUGCUUGCAGUUUGGUCUACCUAUGGGACAUGUUUACAUUAGCAUGAUGCAUUCACUUGAGAAAAACAAAUUAAUCUCUGUUUUUGUGUUUUUAAUGAUAUUAUUUUAGAAUUCUGGGAAAAGUUUUCAUUGAGGAAAAAGUUCAGCUUUUCUUUUAAUCAAAUUUUUUUUUCUCAGAUUCAUUAGAAAGGUUUUCCAAAUUCUCUUCUUGUUUUUUUUCUGAAUUUACAACAUUAUUAUCUCAGUUUCAUUAGAAAAAAAAUUCUGCUUGUUUUUCCGAAUUGACAUUUUUAUGACAAAUUCUGCUCGGUUUUUUAUUUAUUCAUUUAUUUUUUUUAUUAAUACUUCUGAUUUAAAUUCAGAAAAACAAGAGUGUUUUUUUUUUGUUCCAUUCAAACUAAAAUGACUGAACUCUCAAGUGAAUGCAUUAGGCUUCAAUAUGUUGCAUAAAUCCUUCCAUGGAUGUGCUUUCAGUAUUGUAAUGCAACAUUUAUGUCAAACUUAACAGCAGGUGUCAGUAGUUCUUCCAUCUUGGACAUAAAAAUAAGAUAGUCGUAAUGCUUAAAUUUUAAAGGUGUUAUCCUGUUUUUUUUUGUUUUGUUUUGUUUUGGCAACUAAUCCCAUGACAAGACCAAGACCAAUAAGGUGUUAACUUACGAUCAUACGAGUGAAUGCAGACAAGUGACUCAUCUGCCAAGGUCAUAUUUGUGCCUAAUGUGGGCAGUGCUGGGUGUGAUAAACACAGAAAGCUAGUUUGCUAGCUAAUUUUAGCUAGCUUGCUAAUAAAUACCACGAAAUAUGACGUUACCGGUUCCAUUUUCAAAUGUUUAAUGCUUGUGUCGGACUCACUGCCGGUCGGACAGCAUCUCUCAUGUGGGGUGGUUUGUAUUUUUCAUGGCCAUUAUCUUUCAGUAUUGGCAACAAUCAGUGUCUCCUCCACACAUACUACAUUGCUAUUGGUUGAGGCUGCGACUUCGCCAGUCAAAGUCCACCAAAGUUAAACUCCACGCAACGCGAAGAUGCAAAUUUGCCUUGCUUCUGCAAGCAACGUUUAGUUCACCCCUCUGCUCACACUGAAUGGAAGUAAACUGGAGGCGAAUAUUCACUAGUGUUAAUUUCACUCGUGACCGUAACCUUAGCCCAUUUCAAUACUUUCUGACUUCCCUGCCCUGUCUGUUAGAAAAGGCAUAAAUUAAGGAUGCAUGAUAAUUUCGGUAUGUCAUUGGUAUUGGCAGAUAUUGGCUUUAAAAUUAACUAUCAGAAUCAGCCAACAUGCUUUUUCUAAUUUUGCACAAUGAAUGACUAUUACAUACAUUGAAAGUAUCCUAUUUCAUGUCUCCCUCUGCUGGUGGAAAAACGUAGAUAUACAGAUUAUCGACCAAAUAAAUUGUUAUAUAUCAGUAUAUCAGAUAUCCGCAAAAAAUCCAAUAUCGUGCAUCCCUAGCAUAAAUCUUUAAAACACAGGAGGAAAUGGGACGGGACUAUUUUCUGCAGUGGAUAAAUACAUAUUUUGUUCACAAGAGGGCAUUUACUGCGAUAGGAGGUUUUUUCUUUUUUUUUCUUUUUUCUUUUUUUGGCACAUGGGUAUACUGUGUGUGUUGGUCUUUUCAUGGGAUUUCUUAAAAUGAAAACUAUAUUAGUCUUAUCCUUUUAUGUUUUAGCAUACAAUGGAUUCAUUUGAUGCAAGUGUGUGAUGUUACAAGCCAGCUGAUAAUUCUCGUAUUACAUAAAUGCAACAUGACUUCUGUCAGAUUCCAAGGGAGGAACAGGAAGAAUUAAACUCAACCUUAGCAGCAGCCAGCAGAGAUGAGUGGUAACAACUAUUUUUCGUUCUCCUGUUUAACUUAAGCUGCAUGAUAGAUUUUGCCACUGUAGAGACUUACCACUGUCUAAAUGAACCCUUUCUGAGAAAUGGUGUAAAUAUUCUCAUUAGUGCAUGUUGACAUGUAGACUGAGAUGUAUUUAUCGUGACUCUCGCUUAUGACUUCUAGAUGGAAGAUGAGUUCUGAGGCGAUAAAGUCUUUGCAACCCCAGCUCCCUGUAGUAUUUUUCUCUCUGUGGUGUAUUGAGGGUGAGGGAGCCACAGUCUGUCAUGAUUUGUUUUGAAUGUCUUGAUUUCAUGUAUUUAUUAAUUUAAUGUUAAUCCAUGGCAGGCAGACAGCAGCACUGGUAUUUUCAGGUUGAUGAAGCCUGUAGAAACAUUCAUGUCUUUAAAGCAGUAACCACUAUUUCCACUUGAUGUGUUUUUAUCAUGUUUUAACCCUGUGUUCUCCUGCUGCUGUGCCCCUAAUGCCUCACCUUAAGGACUGUCCACAGUUCCAAAGCACAAUAACAGCUCCCCUCGUCUCAUCCUGGACGUGUCUGUCUACAAACUUUUCCACAGACGGCUCAGUCUACAGGGCAGAUUUCUGGAGGAGGAGAUGCAUUUUGGACGAUUGAGAUUUCUCCUGAGACUACUGCACAAUGCUUACUGGGUGGAUUACACACCCAAGUCAUUACAUGAACACUUCAUGUAACGAGUGGUAUUAACCCCGAGUGGAUCUGCUCAAACAGGAAAUGCUACGGACAGCGACCAGACAAAUGGAGUUUCACGUCUGUGUUGGACUGACUUCUCUGUUCUGAUAUUUAUUAUGCAUAUUUCAAUAAAAACACCCAGUGUGUCA